CUAUGUGAUCUGCUUCGCCACCCUUCUGAGGAGGAGGAGGAAAUCGAAAGUCAUUGUCCUUCCUCAUCUGGGUUUGCUGGGCCUGGGGACAUUGGAUCUGUAAAAAAGAUACAACAAAACAUCUCCACUUCGGAGACAGAAAAAGAUGGGAAGGAUAUUUGGCACGAGUCAGAAGUCAGAGAAGGGGCAGAAUUCGAUGAUUUUUUGGAUCCGAGAGAAAAACCGGAAUAUGAAAUUCUUUUUAAGCAAAGAGUUAGUUCUGAAGAUCUCUUUUUGGGUUUGAGUCGAAAAGACCCGUCAACGGCUUGCUGUGAAGAUAUGGUGAUCCGCAUUCAGCUUCCUGAUACCAAGGUCUCUGAUGUUUCACUUGAUGUAAAGAAAAAAUACAUAAACCUCUGUACUCCCAAAUAUAAGCUCGGACUGCACCUCCCCCACGCGGUGAAUGACAAAUCAGGACAAGCCAAAUUCAUGGCUGACGCAGGAACCCUGGAGCUGACCCUCCCCAUGGUACGGGACAUGGACUUCAUCAACUUUGCAUAGCGACUCCCAGGGCUGGACUGGGACAAAAAUUUGGCCCUGGACUUCAUCCAGACUGGCCCACUUUGACAGGUCUCUCCCAUGGCGAGCGGACAACUCCCGCACUGAAAUUCUUAAAGUGGAACUAAAGUCCAAAGAAAUCUCACGUCUGUCUCCGCGAUGCCACCGCUGCAUCCCUCGCCGGCCAUCAACAUCUUCUCCCCAGGCUGCUUCUGUGUGUUGGGUUUUCGGCCUCCUGCGCAUGCGCGUGGGAGUCCCCCGUCCAGGCACGCUGGUACUGUUCCCAGAAUGUAUGCUGAACUGAUCAAUUCACAUGGGUUACCGACUACACAGGGGGACAUUUUUUGUCUGUUUUUAUAUUGCUUUGUUCUAUGAGUAGUCGUUCCUAUAUAUUAUUAUUAUUAUUAUUAUUAUUGAAGAUAAAAUCCUGUAUCCUGAAAAACACAAAGGCAUUGUGGUUUAUUAACGCAUUAAAAAAUAAUUUGUCAUGUCAUGUCAAA